AUGCCGAUAACGGGAGAUGAACUAUUCCUGGUAGUGACCAGCUCCAAAAACCCAGCGGAGAUUUUGGAUGCGGUCAAUGAAUUUAAGGCAUUUGUGAAGAAGGAGUUUGUUGAUAUAAAUCAGGUCCCCAAGUACAUGGAGGCGCUCUGCAUUUCAGUAGACUAUCCCGGCUCGGUAGAUGUACAAGUCUCGAGCUUUGCAGUAAUAGCUCACUUAGUAAAGCGUGUAAGCAUGCAAGAUCACUCAGGGAAGGUCUUGAAUUCCCAGUCCUUUCUCGUGUUACCUGUGAUAUUGAAGAGAUUAGGUGAUCCUAAAGCCAGCGCUCGAAGCCAGGCUAAGAGAGCCUUAGAAGCAUACUGGUUUCUGGCUCCGCAGGAUGUAGAAAUGGCCCUCAUUGAGAUUGCUCUAGGCUCCACGAACUUGAUUGUUGUGCAAGAGCUGAUAAACUGGAUAACGCAUAUCUUCUCCAAUGUGAGCCAUCUGUUCAAGAUUGAUGAUUUUUUGCACGGCUUGAUACGAAUUAUUAUCACUAUCGAUGACGAAGCUAUAGUGGACUCUAUUAGGAACUUAUUCGUACAGUACUACUCGCUGAAAUCCAAUCAGAGUAGCAGGCAUAUGUUGAUGAGUGAAUUGACAAAGAAUAGAGUGUCUCAGAAAUUCUGCGAGCAAGUAUUGAAAGAAAUAGAAGGGAAAGAUACCACAGUGCAUAUCAUUGCUGUUCCUAAUGUUUCUACUAAUGCUAACCCCGCAGGCACUAAGUCCAAUUUUAUAACAUCGUCUUCGUCAACUAGAGCAAAGGUUCCAAAUAGCGAUGAAAGCUUAUUUAAAAAGAGUCUGUCACCUAGUAAUACUCAAAAUAAUAACUCCAAUUACCCAAAAUCUAAGUCCCCCGAUACUUCCCAUAUAAAUGUACCGGAAAUUACAGACCCUGAACUUAUUAAAAUUGCCUCCAAGUAUGCAAACUAUAAGUUUGAUGUGCUUCCCCUGGGUAUCAGCAUUAUCGAUGUAGACAGCUCGGAUAUCCUUUACAAUUUAGUAUCCAGUCUCGCACCGCCUUUUGAAGGUAAAGAAACCGAAUUCAAUUGGAUUUCUAGAGAAAAAAACAUCAUACAAUUACGCUCUAUACUUCGUGGCAAUUCAGCCCAAGAUUUGCGAGAAGACCUUGUCAAUUGCUUAAAGGAAAUUUCAGAGCCUAUAUGUAAAGCUGUAAUGUCACUUCGUACAUCGUUGUCCAUACAUGGCUGUCAACUAAUUAAGGAAUGUGCAAUGAUUUUAACCACUGAUUUUGAUGCCUUAAUUGAACUUUUCAUUCCUACAUUAACAAAAUUGUGUCUGGCAACUAAACACAUUGCAUCUACAAAUUCAAAUGUUGCUAUUGUCUCUAUUUAUAUGAAUUGCUCUUUCCUGCUGAAAUUAGUCUCCAAAAUUCAGCAAUCAUCACUAGAAAAGAAUUUUCAACCAAGGUCUUACUGUGGGGUUUGGUUACAAAUAUUUUUGCAUAGAUUCCAUAAUAGUUCGCAGCAUUCAAUUGAGGCAUAUACCAAAGUCAUAGCUAAAUUGUUAGGUGAUCAAAAUCCUACUGUGAGACAAGCUGCCAAAGAUACCUUCUGGGUAUUCUGGACCAAAUUCCCAUCACAGGGUGAAGCCAUGUUACCUAAGUUGGAAGGUAAUAUUGUUAGAGCUUUAGAAAGGUCAAGACCUAAACAAGGAGCUUCUCCAGGUGCACUAUCUCAAGCUCCAAGUAUUCCUUCUGUACCAAUUUCUCGAAAGCAAUCCAAGCCUAGUAUAAGGGAGUCAAUUAUUGCAAGAAAUAGGGAAAUAAGGGAGAAACAAAGGGAAUCUGGUAUAAAUUCUAGACCUUCUUCAAAUAUGGAUAUUGUUUCAGAUGAAGAAAAAAAAGUCAAACUUCUGCUAAAAGCAAGUAGUCUGAGACUCGGUGGAGGACCAAGAAGAAAUUUCACUCACGAUCCAACAAGUAGUACUGCGACCCUGAGUACGAAUAGCAGUUCAGCAAAAUCAAGAGUCGCUUCUGCAGGAAGUACUGGAGAUCACAAGAGAGAUCAUUCAUAUCAAAAAUCAUCGUUUGAUUUGCACGCAGAUCCAAUAAUAAAGUUCUUAUCUUCUAAUCAACUGGAAUUGAAAGUGGAAGGGGUGAAUUUGCUAAAGUUUGCUAUUCUUGGAGAGGAAGAAUUGUCCCCUGAGAUAAAAGGCUUAGUGACUAGUAUUUCCGUAAGCAAUCCAAUUAUAUUAAAGCCAUUAUUCCUCGGGUCUGAGGAUUUGUUAAGGAAAACUUUCAAGUAUUUUACUUCUUCAGAGGACUUUAUCAGGGUUUGCUGUGUAUUACAAGAUAAAAUUGAUGCCAGAUAUGUUGAGUUGAUAAUGAGUUUUGUACCACUUGAUGAGAUAUAUAAAUCUUUUUCAAUUAUCCUUGGAUAUGCUACUAAAAUUAGUAGCAUAUUGAAUAAUAGUGACUUGGUAAUGCAAAUGAUAAAGUAUAAAACUUCUAUCUUCAAGAUAUCGCUUGAAUUUUUGGCAUUAGCCUUACAGAAAAUUCCUAUUUCUGAUGAGAUAUAUUCAGAAUUAAUCUCAAGUUUAUUCGAGAUGGUCACCAUCUUACGAUCUACUGACUUACAUGAAAAGCUACUUAAUUUAUUAUCAAAAUUUUAUUUGAUUAAUGAAAAGCUAUUUGAAAAAGACUUACACGAUGCUUCUAUAUCCAUAAGAGAUGAAAUUGGACAUAUUAUGCAAGAUAAGAAAGAUGAUAUAAUCAUUGACGAUGACGAUGACGAAGAUAUGCUGCACCACAUUCAAAAUUUGUCAGUCAGUUAUCCUUCUCAAAUAUCAUCUAGUGGUACUUCGUACGAUUUGACUAAGGUUGUUUAUCAACCAAGUACUACGAUUCCACGUAAAGGAUCUCCUUUAAAAGAACAAUCAGACUUAACUAUGCUAGUUCCUACCUUUGGUUCUAAAAAUGAAUUCACUUUCCAAGAAUCGAAGCGAAGUUCCCCUGCGACUAACUUAGAUGCUGAACCACAAUUUGACAUGGUUGUGGAGGAUAAUAUCGAUUUAGAUGAAUAUGAAGCUGUUGGUACUACCGGCAAGGGCCCUUCAGUUGACAACAUGGAAAUGGACAAUAUAGAUAAUGCUGAAGGUGAUAACGUAUUCGUAGACCAGGGCCCUAUUGAUGAUUCCACUAGGUCAAGAAAAUCUGAUUUAUUUUCAAAGUUCAACAAGGAAAACUCGACAGAAUUGGUCCAAGAUUUUGCACAAGUUCAAAUUGGUGGCGAGCACCCCAGUAAUCUCGAAAAUCCCAUCCAAUUGUUUAUUGAUAAAGUAGAUCCCCUAAACAAGGUCUCGAAUAAAAAGAAGCAAAUUCAGAUUUAUCAGGAUGAAUCGAUACAAGGUUCUCCUCAAAAACAAAGAGAAUACAAUUACAAUGAAAUGAACUGGUUUAACUACCUGGUGGCAAAGUACAGAGUAGAUGAUAAUACUUCACAUGUUAACUCAGUAUCUAAUUCUAAGACUGAGGAUGAAUUAUCUAUUGAAAAGUUCAAAUCUUUGUGUUCCAAUUUUGGAAAGAAUUCUUUGCAAAAUAGUGAAUUCUUAGAAUUGCUAAACUUCUUGCAAGAGCGAAACUAUACCGCUGAGUUUUGUAAGUUUCUUGACAGCCAAGGGGCCGAGAUAUUGGAAAAUUCGUUUUGGAAUUUUUUUGAGUUAUUUGAGGGCAAUGAUGACACAUUAUCUUCUCAUUCAUUAUUCAGUGGACUUCUCUUGUUAAAGCAAGUAUUAGUAAAUCGAGCAUAUAUCGAUCUCUCGAAACUCUGGGGAACUUUGUUUAGUUUAUCUGAGUAUUCGUCAAAGAAUAAUAAAAAUAUAGACAAUAACAGCAGAAAUAUUGAUCAUGAAAUGGAAAGUAUUUCGAAUGAAGUCACAAUUGCUAUUAACGAGAUUUUUGAUGAAAUUCUAGUCGGCUCCUAUUCUACUCAAGAAAUCUUAAGUCUUUUCAUGACGGUCCUUCAAUCAAUCAACCAAAUGAGUUAUAAAAGACUAGUGUUUGUGCUUGAAUCAUUUUACAAACUAUUAAAUGUCAACACCAUCGGCUUCUCCCUUUCUGACCAAGUUAUAAGCCACAUUGAUCUCUCACUCGGGAAGUUUUUGAAUAAUGAAUCAGUUGUCGUUCGAAGAUGUGUUGUUCUGAUAUAUGGGAAAUUACUCAAGGCCAAUUUGUCAAUUGAAGUCAAUAAAAUAGAGAAUUCUGAAGAAAAGAAUAUUAUGGACAAGAUAUUGCAGAGAGUGCCUAUUCCCCAAAAGAAGUUAAUUGAGUAUUACGCUCAAAAUUAA